AUGCCGGUAAAGAGUGUUGCUGUCAUCGGGGCUGGCCCCGGCGGCGCUAUCACAGUCGAUGCGCUAGCACAGGAGAAGACGUUCGAUGUCAUUCGUGUUUUUGAUAGACAAGAGCAUGCUGGCGGGUGUUGGGUUUCGAGAGAGGAGGAACCGCCUCGAACAUUUGAUUUUAAUGCAAUUGCUGCCCGGACCGCAGAUGCACCUCUGGCAGUUCCUGAGCAGCUGCCAUGUCGGACGCCAGUCAGCUCACAGGAUCGAUUCAUGGACUCGCCCGUGUAUCCGGGCUUGGAGACUAAUGUGGACGCGGGAGCCAUGUCAUUUUCUCAAGAGGUCAUUCCCACUGUUCGCUCGCAAUGGUCAAUUGAGCGCCAUGGGAAUGAUACGCCUUUCAGACACCACACGGUGAUCCGGAAGUUUAUUGAAGGCUUGUUUUACCGAAAGGGUUACCAAGAUCUUGUCCAGUAUAAUACUACCGUUGAACGCGCCAUCAAGGACCCCAACAGUCAAAAAUGGGUGCUCACUUUAAGACGAACAGAAGAAAUCAAUGGCACCAGGUCUGAUUACUGGUGGUCCGAAGAGUUCGACGCCGUUGUCGUGGCCACAGGCCACUACGCAGUGCCGUGGAUCCCAGCAAUCGCAGGGUUGCAAGAGUUUGCAGAGAGGUAUCCGGGCAGUGUGCUGCACACGAAACAGUAUCGUGGCUCGGAGAAAUAUCAGGGAAAGAAAGUCAUCACUGUUGGCGCAUCAGUCUCCGCCGCUGACACGGCAGUGAGCUUGGUUGACACCGCGCAGACACCAGUGAUCGCCGUCGUGCGCGGUCGCUAUAACGCAUACUUCGGAGAUUUGGCGUUCCAACAUCCCAAGAUCCAGCGUCGCACGCCUAUCUCCCAUAUCACGAGUAAUGACCAAGGAGAGCGCACCGUGCAUUUUGAAGAUGGAUCUUUUGAAACUUGUGUUGAUCAUAUCAUCUUUGGCACUGGGUUCAGUUGGACAUUGCCUUUCUUGCCGCAAGUCGCCACGCGAAACAAUCGCGUUCCUGAUUUGUACCAGCAUGUCUUUUACCGACAUGAUCCCACGCUCACUUUCGUCGGCGCGGUCGGCGCUGGUCUGACAUUCAAGGUGUUUGAAUGGCAAGCCGUGGCGGCUGCUCGCGUGUUGGCCGGCAAGGUGAAUCUGCCGUCUGUCGCCGAACAAGAAAAGUGGGAAACCGACCGGAUUGCGUCGAAAACCGACGGCCCGGCAUUCACAGUGCUCAACCCCGACUUUGAGGCAUACUUCGAGACUCUCCGGGCGCUGGCGGGAGAGCCCAAGGAUGGCAUUGGACGCCAGCUGCCUCCGUUCGAGCAAAAAUGGCUCGAUGAUUUUAAUGAAGGCGCGGAGCUUCGCAAGCGCAUGUGGCGGAAGAGCAACGCGGCCGCUCGGUUGUAA